UUGUGCCUUUGUGCAACAGAGCUCCGAGAGAUGGCUUUCUGGGUGAUGGUCCUAUGUGCCGUCCUGGCAUGCAUAUUGGGGGGGCUCUAUCUGGUGGGGGCGUUCCGCCAGAGGAGAGCCCAAGAGCCCCCUUUAGAUAAAGGCCUCAUUCCGUGGCUUGGACAUGCACUGAGCUACCGAAAGGACGGCGUUGCCUUCUUGCAAAGGAUGCAGAAGAAGCAUGGGAAUAUCUUCACGGUACUAUUUGGAGGAUACUAUUUCACUUUUGUGAUGGACCCCCUCUCCUAUGGAGCUAUUGUGAAAGAAGCAAGAAGCAAGCUGGAUUUCAACGCAUAUGCAACACAACUUGUGGCCCAAGUGUUUGGUUUUCAACCAGAAAUGAGCACUCAUAAGAUAAUAGAGACCGCCAGCGUGAAGCACCUUAAGGGCAAUGGGCUCGUGGUGAUGACCCAGGCCAUGAUGGACAGCUUGCACAGAGUGAUGGGCCAUAGCCUGAGUUCAGCUGGAGGGGAGAAGUCCUGGAAACAGGAUGGGUUGUUCCACUUCAGCUACAACAUGGUCUUUAGGGCUGGAUACCUAGCCCUGUUUGGAAAUACAACCAGCAAAGGCGAAAAGAACAAAGAAGAUGCUGAGAGGUGUGACGUAACUCACUCUGAAGAUGUGUUUGUAGAGUUUCGCAAGUAUGAUAAACUCUUCCCAGGUUUUGCUUCUUCCACACUGUCUCAUGGAGAGAGAAAAGAGGCUGAGUCUCUGAAGAGACUAUUCUGGAAACUCAUGUCUGUGAAGGAUGUAUAUGAGAGGAGCAACAUCAGUGGUUGGAUAACAGACCAGCAAGAGCAACUGGCUGAGGCUGGGAUGCCUGAAUACAUGAGGGAUAGAUUCCUGUUUCUGCUCCUGUGGGCGGCUCAAGGGAAUACUGGACCAGCUUCCUUCUGGCUUCUUGCCUACCUGAUGAAAAAUCCCAAGGCGAUGGAUGAGGUGAGGAAAGAGGUGGACAGAGUGGUGGGAGAAUCUGGCCAGGAAGUGAGGGCAGGGGGUUCAGUGCUUAAUGUCACCAAGGAGAUGUUAGACAAGACGCCCAUCUUGGACAGUGCUGUGGAAGAGACUCUGAGACUGGCAGCAGCCCCUAUGCUGAUCAGGGCUGUGUUAGUGGAUCUAGAACUCAAGAUGAACGAUGGGAGAAAAUACCUUCUGCGCAAAGGAGACAGAGUUGCCCUUUUCCCCUUUGUGGCAGCACAUAUGGAUCCAGAAAUCCACCCAGAUCCACAUGUUUUCAAAUAUGACCGGUUCCUCAGCCUAGACGGCAGGAAAAAAGAAUUCUACAAGAAUGGAGAAAAAGUGAAAUAUUUCACCAUGCCAUGGGGUGCAGGGACUUCCAUGUGCCCUGGGCGAUACUUUGCUACCAAUGAGGUGAAACUCUUUGCCUUCCUGAUGCUGACAUACUUUGACAUGCAGCUGGUUAACGUGGAGGAGGAAAUCCCUCCCGUAAUCAAGAACCGCUAUGGGUUUGGUGUGAUGCAGCCCACACGUGAUGUUCAGUUCAGGUACCGACUUCGCCACUGAAGGUAGGAGGCAGAGGAAGCAACCUGGUAUCACGUGCCUGUGAAUCUUCAGGCCAAAAUAAGUUUAAAAAGAGAUAAAAUGUAUGUUUCUGUAUGUGGGUAAAAGCUCGUGGGAGAAUGUAGCGCUUGCAUAGAAUGUUUGGUAGAAGCCAUUAUCAUUUAACAAGUCAUUUUAUCCUAGAAGUGGAAACUGUGGGCCUUAUAACUUUUUAAAGUGUGGUGGAAUUGAUAGCAUGUAAGCUAAUAUUCUGUGCUAACAUUUAUCUAUCAAAGGCACCAAGCUCAGGCCUGCAGUGGAGUUAAGGGUUAGCAGAAAAGCAGUAUCGGGUGGCGGUGGGGUGCUUGAUCAUUCUCACACUAAGAUACUUUCAUCUGCAACUCCUUCUUCCGGUUAAGGACUUUUAAUCCUUAGCGCUGAAAGCUGAGGACCCCAGUUAGAAUCUCAUCUCAGCUAUGAACUCACUAGGUGGCCUUUGGCAAGCCAGGUGUAUCUCAUUGUCUUUGGGCUUGUACACAAUUCCAUUUGUCCCAUGCCUAGAAAGCAUGGGUCUGAAUCGUUUCCCCAUUGUUCCACUUAUUUCCCAGGGAAAACCCACUCCUUGGCUGUAAAUCAGAACAAACGUCAAUCUGCAGAAAACCCAAUUGCCGUUUGCUCCAAUUGAGCACUAAAGAGUGGCUUUCCCCAGGGAAAGCAGCAGGACAAGACAAAGUGUGGAUAAGCCCUCUGUCUCUACCCCCAAUCUGAAGUGAGAGGGGUGUGUGUGUGUGUGUGUAGAACUGGGCACCCCAUGGGAUGUCCUAACUUUAGAAUUCAAAAGCUUCACCCGGACACUUUUUCUUACCCAGUGCACAGCACACAUCCUGCCUAGUAAGCACACAGCUACAGGAGAUUUCACCCAAAAGACCCAUCAUACAAGCAAAAAGGCCCACAAACUUUUACUGCUCCCUCCCGCCACACAAACAUUUAGGUCCUAAACUGUUCUUCUUCUUCCCAUUUAAUGGUACUACGCAAUGUCAGCCUUUUCCCUCAGAAAGGCUUGAACUGAAUUGAAUUGCCCUUUGCUCCAGGGCAAAGAGCAGCAAAGAGCAGUUUUUUGUGGGGAAAGCAUGGGGUGGGGGGGAAGAAAAAGAGAGAGAGAAACGCUCAGACACGGUGCUUUAGAGUGCAGAACUGAGCCUAGAAACGCGGCACAAAAGGAAGUCUGGAUGAGCCCUAAGAUAGGAAUAUAGAAGAAACUGCUGUCAUCCCAAGCAACUCAUUUCCCAGUAGAUUCACUCUGCAGUUGUCAUUAGCAAGCGGAAUGGGCCUGCACCAAAUAAGGUCACAAGCUAUUUUGUACACUAUGUACCUUUCAUAACAUGUACAGGACUUUGCCUCAUUAUUUGCAAGGUGCAAGAGUUCCAGGUAUGUGUCAACAUUCAUCUUUGCACCUGCAAUCAACUUUAUCUCUUUUAUUUAUUGUUGUGCAAGACAAUGUCCCUGGGACAAGCUGUGAUUCUGGCUCCAAUAUUUUGAGUACCUUGAAUAUCCAUUGAUGUCAUGAGUACUCUUAGGUGUAAAGGCUUAAGCGUAAUUAAGAAUGCAUGCUUUUAAUUGCUUUUAACCACAUGCAUCUGCUCUCAACUUGUAUGGAAAAUACCACCUCUGUGCUGCUCCUAUGUUUUGUAAUUUUGAUUGCUGUUAUUUUGUUUGUCUGUACCUUUGUUUCUACACGAAUGUAAAACCUUUAAAACUGAAAAGAAAUACUUACGGGAAAUGAAUGGGAUAUGAGGAAACAAUAAAGAUAAAGUUAAAGCAACUGUGUUGGGCAGGUUGCUUAGACAUGUAAUAAAAGGAGCUGUGUCGUGCAAAGUGAAUUGCUAACUGGUU